UCUUGCAAGAUGUGAAUAUGAUGAUGAUGAUGAUGAUGAUGAUGAUGAUGAUGAAUAAAUGUUAAGCAUUUGGCCCAUUCGGCGACGGCCGGCUGGUUUCGAGAUGGGCCGACCCAAUCCGACCCAAUCAGAGGUUACGCGGACGAAAAAGAUCCGAGAAAGCAAAAAAAGGGCUCUAAAACCAGACGCUGCCAAAUGCAUAAAAUUAACUGAAAUAUUCUCGAAAGGUUUAAAUUCGGCUGCUGCAUCGGAGGACAGUAGCGCGGUAGAGGAGGUAAGAAGAAAACAGAAAAUAUACUUCUAAGUCAUUAUACUAAAAUAUACUAAGUAAUUUUCACGCCAUUCACGCUACUUCUGACAGUUUUUGACAGUAACCUACACUGUGUUUAACAGUUGUAAGCUUAGCGUAGAACUCCCGUACAUUUUAAAAUGUCAUUAUCAGCAGAUAACGUGGGAUUUAGGGUAUACAGACUGCCGUAUGCUACUAGCAAUAUAGUCAACAUGCAAAAGAACAUAGCUAUAGCCAUAGUACUGUAGGCAUUUGUAGUGAACUCUGAAUACAUAGCUAGUCUUUAAAGUAAAACAUUAAAUACAUGCAUAGGUUACAGUAUGUAAUUAAUCCUUAGGUAGGGUGGAACAUAGACUUCUAUUACAGGCAAUAGUGUAAUAUAUCUAUGCAAUAGUUAGACAAUGUAAAAUGAGACAUUGGCUUGCUUAUGUUCUCCCUUCAGCCUGAAGUGUUGCUAGUGCUGCAUGUCCAUUUGUGUGUAAAGGUGUGUGUGUGUGUGUGUGUGUGUGUGUGUGUGUGUGUGAUACACAUUCACAGGUUACUCCUAUCAUAAGUAAUAGCAGACAAACGGCAUAAACGGACAGCACACGGACUCUACAAGAUUCACAGAUUAUUUUUUAUUUAGUUUUUACUGUAUGUAUAAAUUUGUUAUAAACGGGUUGUUUUUGUUCCAGUCACAUACAUUAAAUGUUUAAAUAUCUAUUACAUAUGGUACUGCUUAUAUUACUUCACCAUCUGUACACCAAUAUAAGUAGUGAAUGUGCGUGUCUGUGGGUGGGGCUGUGUCGGUGUGGUAAUGUGGGCUGGUGUGGCUACAGUGCCAGGGCUGAAUUUUUGUCCCAGUCCACCCCUGCUUGAUGGAGUUCUGAAAGAGCACCUCGAGAACGCCACUGUGUUUAAGGGAACUUCAAAGACCGUGCAGAACGAGCUGUUGGACUGUAUGUUGUCUGUUGUGAGGGAGCAAAUAAUCCAAGAUGCACAGAGCAGCGACUUUCUCUCAAUCCAGGCCGACGAGACCACCGAUAUUGCCACACAGUGCCAACUUGUGCUUGUGCUGCGGUACAUUGACGCCAAAAGCAACGUACAGGAGAGGUUUUUUGAGUUUAUUCCUCUGUGUUCAACUACAGCUGAUUCCAUCGCUACAGUGCUAAAAGAACGUCUUGCUGUCAUCCUUCCUGAGGAUCAAAAGAGUAAACUCAUCUCCCAAGCGUAUGAUGGAGCCAGCGUGAUGAGGGGUGAUGCCACUGCAGGUGCUCAAAGGAAGAUGCAAGAUGUGUACCCAAAUGCCCAUUACAUCCACUGCUAUGCACAUCAACUCAAUCUGAUAAUGCAACAGGCCACUUCUCACAUAUCCAAAGUGAGGAUUUUUUUUUCUGACCUUGGAGGAUUUUCCAGCUUUUUCUCAAGAUCACCCAAGCGCACAGAUGUCCUUGAUAAAGUAGUCGCCCAUAGACUACCAACAUCAAGCAAUGUUAGAUGGAACUUCCACAGCUGUGCCAUCAAUACAGUGUUUGAGCACAGAGAGGACCUCAUCCGCUGUUUUCAAUCUAUUAGAGACUCAGGUGACUUUGACCCUGUUACCGUCAGAGAGGCAGGAGCCUUUGCCAUGCUGCUGGAGAAUCAGGAUUUUAAGUUUUUUUUUUUUUGCAACUUUUCCACAACAUCAUGCCACAUGUGGACCUCCUCUAUGCCAAACUCCAGAAGAAGGACAUAGAUUCAGUCCACAUCAGGGGGAGCAUCCAGCAGUUUCAGCAGGACCUACAGAAGAUCAGAAAUUCUCUCCAUUCUCUGGUUGACCAAUGCAGUGAAGGUGGUUCUCAACCUAAGAGGCAGCGGUCACUCAGUCCAGAGGUCCAUGAACGGAUUGCAGCAGAAGUCUGUGAUACCAUACUCAGACACACAUUGGAAAGGUUCUCCUUCACAGACCACCUCGUUAGUGCCACCUUGCUGCAAGCAGACAGGUUUGAGCAGUAUACAAUGGCAUUUCCUGAAGAUGCACUAAGCAGGACUCUGAAGGCCUAUCCAGUGCUCGAUGGAAGUAAUCUGAAGACAGAGCUUAGUCUCAUCUACUGCAAGGAAGAGUUCAGAGCCUGUUGUGGUGCUUUGGACCUACUCCAGCUGUUUAUGGAGAACAAUCUUGAGGAAGUCUUUUCAGAGACUGUAACUCUCCUAAAGAUUCUUGUAACCACACCCAUGACCACAGCAGAAGCUGAGAUGUGCUUCUCAACCUUGAAAAGAAUUAAAACAUUUCUGAGAAAUAGCAUGACCCAAGAGAGGCUGAAUGCAUUGGCCAUGCUGUUAAUAGAGAAGAGACUGGUGACUGAGAUGACUAACUUUAACCAGAAGGUCAUUGAGAAAUUUGCAAGCCAGAAAGAAAGGAGAGCAAAAUUUGUUUUCAAGUAGUACUACUGGCCAGUGAUUAGGCAACAUUUUUGUGUGUGUGUGUGUGUGUGUGUGUGUGUGUUUGUG